AUGCCUGAGUCGCAGACGACCCCGGACCAGGUCUCCAUCGACGACCUGACUCCCGAGGAGGCCAACCGCAUCAUCCACUCUCAUCGCAAGGUCCGCUAUGGCACAGCAUGCUGGCCCUGUCGCCAGCGCAAGGUGAAAUGUGACAACAAACAGCCUUGCGAAAACUGCGUCAAGCGCGAACACCCUCAACUGUGCUCAUACAAGCCGAACCGCAACGGCUCUCACGGCACUCACAACAAACCCGCCGGCUCCGUCACCACCGAGGGCGGCAGCGUCCAAGGCGGCAACGCCACCUCCACCACAGCCACCGCCAACAACCGCAAAAGGCCUCACUCACCCGAAGGCCCCGGUGCCGACGCCGCCGCCGGCGCUCCCCCGUUAAAGCAGGAACCCGGCAGCGCGACCUGGCCGCGUACGGCCAUCGGUAAGUCCUCUGCCUCUGCCUCCGCAGCCUCAGCCUCUGCCUCAGCACCGUCUGCAUCCAACCCCGGUGGCUUGGGACCUAUGCCGUCGUUCUUCUUUUUGGGCAGCGGUUCGUAUACUAAUCCAACGUCCUCUUCGGGCGGAGCAGUCGCGGCCAGCGUGGAUGAAACCGAGGCCCCCGAGGCCGUCACCCGCUACCUCGGCCAGAACAGCAUCCCCUCUCUGCUCCGUGAGCAGUCCGCUGCCAAUGAGCUGCAGGAGGGCGUCGACAUCCGCCAGGACAUGAGGUCCAUACUCGGCCUCGACACGUCGGCGCCCUUCCCGCUCAUGUCGUCGAAGCACCUCGACAGCCUAACGAGGGAAAUCUCCGCGGAGUUGCCCUCGGAUCGAGAAGUCAUGAAACUCUUCCGCACAUAUAAAGAAACACCGCAGCAGUUUUGGGGAUUUGUCGUUGAUAUCGACGACCUCGAGUCCAAACUUAUGGUCUAUCUCGAAGACAGGGCACGCAACGCCAGCAACGCGACGAGAACGCCCAAGCCGGUAUCGGCAUCAUGGCUCGCCAUCCUCUUUGCCCUCUUAGCCGUCGGCUCACAGUACCACGACUCGCCGUACCACAUCCGCACGCGAGACUCGCAAAAAUACAUCCAAAUAUCCUUCCACUUCUUGAGGCUCGGAAAUUUCCUCCUGAGACCCACAUUCGACUCCAUCCAAGCACUGCUACUAACCAGCUUCGUUCUUCUGAAUGACAUGAAGGCCGAGGCAUCAUGGGCUCUGCUUGGUCUUACAUGUCGACUCGCCCAGUCCCUCGGCCUUCACCGUCCCAAUCCUUCAGAUGGUAGAGACAGCGCUCGUAACGAUGGCCAGUCCAAGGAGAUGAUCCGCCGCAAGCUGUGGUGGACCUGCGUAUGGCACGACACCCUCACAUCGCUUUCUUUCGACCGCCCGCCCAUGACCAACAUCCCCUGCUGCCCGAUCCCGACAGUCCACCACACCAUCGCCGGCGAGUACGGCUACCUCGACACCAUGUACCACCUCUGCGAAAUUAUCUCACGCCGACUGAACCCGGACGUCGCCACCACCGUCUCGUACGAGCAAAUGGUCGAGAACUGCGAGGCCGUCGAGAACCUCCGCAACAUGGUCGCCCCGAACAUUCGCAUCAAGGAACAAUGCAAGACAGCCAUCGACCGCCUCCAGCACUACGCCGUGCGUCUGCACACCUCUUUCGUCAUCUCCGUCUGCUGCCGUCCCGCGUUGCGAAGGGACUGCACCAAACUCACACCCGAGCAAAAGCGCCACCUGUCCGACAAAUGUCAACACAACCUCGCCGAGACGGUCAAGAUGUUCCUGGCAAUGCACCAACUCUCCGUCAUACCCACUCGCAGCUGGGCGUUCACCUACCACGGUCUGUCCUCGGCCCUCCUCCUCGGCAUCUUGGGCGAGACCAAGAACAGCCCUGAAGUGCGUCAACUACAAGGCGACCUCAUCGCGGCGCUGUCCGCGACGGCGGCGAAAGAGGCCACCUCGCCCUCGGCGCACAUCCCCAAGACGGACAAGGAUAUCGAGCUGUCUGGUCCGUUGUGGAGGGCGCUCACGGCGCUGCGGAACAUCUACGAGCACGGCACCAUCAUGGGCACGUCUCAAAAGAAGGACUCGGACUCCAGCGGUACCGGGAGCGGGGCGAGGACACCGCUGCCCCCGAUGCUCAUGGGACCGAUGGGAGCCAACGGCAACGGCAAUGGUAACGGUGUGAAUAAGGCGUUCGGUAUGGAUCCUCACCAGGACGCUGCAUUGGCUAUGGCUGAAAUGCAGAAUGGUACGGCCAUGGCAGAAUACAAUCCCAACAUGGCGUAUCCGCCAGUAAGCAUGGACAACAUCGCCAACCUCGACCCGUCGACGUACAUGUCGCCCAUGGACCUUUACGAAUCUAUCUGGUGGGAAUCACCGGAUCCCUGGAACUCGGGCGUCGACACGAUGAACUUCGACUUCGUAGCCCAACCCCCACCCGGGCAGCCUCAGCAACAGUACUACUUUUAA